AUCCUCGUUCGAGCAAGAGCCAUGUUGAUCCAAGUCGUUGCCUACCGUUCGCAGUUCUUCGUGAGUGUGUCGAUCCUCGUUCGAGCGAGAGCCAUGCUGAUCCACGUCGUUGCCCACUGUUCGCAGUUCGACCAGCUUUGCGAUACUCACUGUAUAGAGAUACAGUCCAAGUUGCUUCCUGUGGCCCCUAGCUUAUCGCCCUUGGUCGACGUUGUUCAGCUCAUUUCUGCUGUUGUCAUUAUCUUCGAACGCUCUUUCUACAUCUACGACGAGCGGCGCAAUCUUCAGGACAAGCAGCGGUCUCGUCCCUCUUUUUAUGUCGCUCUGGAGCAGUACAUACUAUCUCCGCAUGCAGCUGCUGUUAGGAAAGAUGCGCGCAAUGCUGUCCGCGCUUAUCGAAAAGCUGUGGCUACCGUUCCGAAGAGUAUUGCAAAGGUGGAAUUAGUCGAGGCCGUUCUUCAAAUUGCUUUAAAUCAUCGCCUGCCAAGACCUUAAUGCUAGCCAAUGCAACACGCCGUAGAUGGUGUCCCGAAGUGGAGCUCAGUGAUGUGUCUUAGCAGUCAAUGUACAUUUCUUGAAUGGUCCAUUGAGAUAGAUUUAGGAGGUGGAACUGUGUGAAAUGGUUGUAUGAUCACACGAUAUGGCACUUUUCUCGGCAUGGUGUGCGG